CAAACAUGAAAUACGUUUUCUCCCCAGAAAGGCGAUAAAUUUGGAGUGUGCUUUGCCAGCACACGUGGCAGCACAAGGGGAAACGGAGCACGUGCCGACCGCACCGCUCACGCUCGCCGGCAGGUUCCGGCUGCCUUCCUCUCCAAUCCAGCGGCGGCAGCCUAUAAAAAUCGCCUCUCCUCAUCCAUUUCCCCCUUUCCUACCUCCGCCUCCUCCCCUCGCCAAGUCGCCACCCUCGCCGCAAGAACGAAGAAAUCAAAUCAAAUCAAGCCAAAAUCCCCACCCCACAAGGCUAAGGCCAAGGCCAUGGUGGUGUACACGCAGGAGCACGUGUACCGGCACCCGUGGGACCGCGUGACGGCGGCGGCGUGGCGCAAGUUCACGGACCCGGCCUCCCGCACGGCGCUCUCCCACGUCGCCGACGUCCACACCCUCCACCGCCGCCUCGACCCGGCCGCGGGCCGCCUCCACGCCGCGCGAUCCAUCACCGUCCGGUCCCCGCCGCUGCCCUUCAUACUCCGCCGCCUCCUCCCGUCCGCCGCGGCGUCCCCGUCGGGCGCCGCGCUCUGCCACUGCGUCGAGACCUCGCUCGUCGACGCGCCCCGGCAAGCCAUGGACGUCGUCGUGCGCAACGUCAGCCUCCGGGGCCUCAUCGAGGUCGAGGAGCGCGCGUCCUACCGGCCCCACCCGGACCGGCCCGACGAGUGGACGCAGUUCAGGCAGCAGACCACUAUCCGGUGCCGCCCGCUCGCCGCGCUCGCAGCCGUCGCCGAGAAGGUCGAGAACCGAUGCGCCGAGAGGUUCCUGCAGAACAGCGCCAAGGGGAGGGAGGUCGUCGAGCGGAUCUGCCGGUACCUCGAGGCCGAGGCCGCCGGCGCCGCGCCCUCCGCUGUCUGAUAUGACCUGAUCUGGUUUGCGCCUCCUUCCUUGAUCUGAUCCGGAUCGAAGGGUUCGCUCGAUCUGUGCUGCGUUUGCACGGCCAAAUCGGUCCUGGCCUCGUAUGCAUCUUUCGUUUUCUUUUCUUUUGUUUGCAAUGAUGAGCUGAAUCCUGUAUGGAAUAAAGCUUGAGCCAUAGACUUAAUUAAUUCUUCUGCUAUCUAUGGAACCAGUUUAACGCCU